CAGGAGGAGGAAUAUGUCAGACACGUGUGCAUGGGGGGGAGAAAAAAACCGAUCUGAAGUUCAACUUACGUAACAUUUUAUAUCAAGAUGUAUUCAGACUUGCUCUGGAAUACCCUGGGAACAGUCAAGGCAGGAGUGUUACAGUGCGCACCGUUCAAAGGUCCGGUUUGAAAGAAAGGUAGACAAGGUCAGUGAUGAGUACUGGCGGAUAGGCCCUCUGGCUGAUGAUGUCUGCUUCAGAUUCUGACUGCUCCAUAGACUGGUUGGCCAGCGACGAUGAUAGUGACAGCGUGUUUGAAUCCGAUUGUGACCGGGCCAAUUCAGGGAGGACAUUGCCCUUACCUCGUCAGCAUCUGUGCCACGCCGGGGACACUCGGGAGCCUUGUGCCCCACACUCAAACUGCGCCCCAUCGGAGAGCAGGCGCGGCUGUGGCCUGGACAAGGGCAGCGUGCCCACGUGUGCGGAUAGUGACCAGGUCUACGCCCCGGCUGGAGCCCCGCGCAGGCGCGACAGGUCCUGGGACAGGAGAAAACACAUGGAGCCCCUCCAGGGAGAGCAGGAGGGGGCCUCCUCUUCGUCCUGCCCAUCGCUGGGGCGGACCGAGCGCUCUCCGGACAGGAAGAGGGACAGGAGCUUGAGGGACCCGGAGCACAGGGAAGGUGGCCGGGCCAGCGGGUCAGAACAGGACAGGAUGUUUGCUCACAAGUGUAUGGAGCUGCAGUGCUACAUUCACCCACUGUCUUCAAUCUUGAAUGGCUUGCGAUCUGGGAGAUACAGACAGCGACUAAGCAGUUUCCAAGAGAGUGUUGCCAUGGACAGAAUCCAGAGAAUAAUGGGUGUUCUGCAGAACCCAUGCAUGGGCGAACGAUACAUCAACAUCAUUCUGCAGGUUGAGGUGAUGCUGAAGAAUUGGUUCCCUCAUGUGAAACCCAGUGACCAACGCCUUGAUGAGGAGACCCAGGACACCCCUCCCUCAAAGAAGCUGAAGAUGUCUCCCUCCGGGAUGACCCGGAAUGCUCCAAAGGCCAGCCCCACGUCUUCUUGUGUUCUUCCUCCGAGCCACAAAGCCCACAGAAAUAUUGAACUGCCUCCAUCCGGCACUACUUCAUCCACAAACUUAAAGUGGCUGCACACCUCCCCCAUCUGCACCCCCUCUGUGGAGCAUGCGCUGGGGAGACUCGGCCACCGGGCCGCGGCCAGGGAGAGCGACGUCACGCAGGACAACGCGGUCUCCUCCAGCACCGACGGCCGCCGCCCGCCGCCGGGGAAGAUCAACGCCCCCUGUUUGGAAAGACUGCUGAAAGCUACGGAGAGCAUCAUCAGCCAUAAAGGGACAGGGUCCGCGAAGGAAACGGGCUGCUCUUAGUAUAGGAAAUCGCUCUGGUCUUUUUGGGGAGGGACAGUGGUUCUGUCAUCACCCCCGCCCCCCUGUAAGUUAGAGUUACAGCCGGAAGGACACGAGACAUCGGUUCGGUUUGAACGCUGGCGACCGCAAACCCAUUCCAACCUUCAAACCAGAGAACGUAGGCCUUGUGUAUUGGCUCCGGAGGACAUCGAGGUCUGGGGACAGAGGGUGGUGGCGAAAGUAAAGUAAAUCUGUCGUAAUGUGAGCCGUACUUUUUUACCCACGCCGAGGUUUAGUCAGCUGCGUUUAUUUUGAUAAACCGCCUUAUUUGUGCAGUCAUAGGCGUACGUAUUGACACCUUCCAUCGCCAAGAGUUACUCCCCGAAUUAGUGAUACAUGUUGCUAAAUAUAUUAUUCACUGUAAAGAGUCUGUGAAGUAGUAGAAGUCUAUAAUUAUACCUUAUAUCUUUAAUUCACCUGAAAUUUGCUGGGAUGAAAGAGUGUUUGGUUAAGAGAAAGGAGAUUAAGUAGUGAAAAAAUUUCUACAUUCUUGAGAAUACUUUGCAUUUUUUGGUUUUGACAAGUGUUGUUUGUCCAAAGACUACCUUUCUGAUCAGCAUUUCUCUAUAAGAAGCUGACUGCAUGAGGAAUGACACCCAAGAAUGAGAUGUUUGAGGUCUAUUGAUAAUUAGGUAGAGUGCAACUUGGCUUAACCUGCUUGGCUGAGGCCCAGCCUCCUGCCUGUUGGACAAGGAGGCUGGGACCUAGGGGCAGCUGCAAUGGUAGAGAUGGGCUAGCAGAGGGGGAGAAAAUGUGAAAGAGAUUUUUGCAUACAUAUAGAUGGAGCUUUAAAAACAAUCAAUUAAGGAAUUAUUGAUGUAGAACAGGUAAGAUGAAAGUGGCUUGGUUGUUGUCAUUCCUCUGGAACUUCCAUAUAAACAGCUUCCAUUUUUUAAGAACAAAGACUCAUUGCAGGGGAUUAGUUGGGGCUAGGAUGAGUAUUUGUAAGACACAGCCAUUACUUUUAUAAGGGAAUGGAAUGUAUGAGUAAAGAGUGUUUUAGGAACACUUUAAGAUGUCUCGGUAAAAAAGAAGAAUGAGUCAUUGUCCAGAUAGAUUUGAGUUGUGAUUGUGUGCAAGCAGCAUUUUUUUGUUUGUAAUUUCAGCUCUCAGAAGCAUUAAUGAUGUGACUGUUACUUCAUAUUAGAAUUUAGAUUAAUUUUGAUACAACACUGCUACCUCAAGCUGAUACCAUGUCAGAGGUUAAAAAAGACCCUCUUAAGUUGAGUUGUCAUGAGCCAAACUAUCUGGGGUUAGGAUGGGUGGGCAUAAGCCAGUGUUUGUACACACAAAGAUACAGAUGAGGUGUUUUAAACCCUGACUGGUGCCAUUAUGAAGAAUGUGAACUACAGAUAUUGAAAGUUGGUCCAGGCCAAUAGUGCCUGUACAUCUGAUGUUAACCUUUGCCUGUAAGUGGUUUUGUGAAGAAAGAUCACCUUCGAGUACCCGUCUCCAAAAGACACACCAAUCCAGGAAUCUUUGAGCUCUUGCCAUUUUCUGUAUUGCAAGUAAAUUAUUAAAACUCUGCCAACUGUAUUCUGUGGUCAAGUGUAAUAAACAUUUAAGUCAGUACAGGCUGAACAAUGUAUACACUAAAACCACCAAAUGGGGAAAGGUAUUACUACGUGUAAAUACUUUGAACAAUGUUCCAGGUUGUUAAUUUACACUACAAAGUGGCCUUUAUAGUGUGACAUUUUAUACUUUCAAAAUAAAUGUGGUUAUAUUUGUUGAUGUGAAAGAGUGUAUUAUAUUUCUGAACUGAAUUGAAAAUGGUUAUUUUAUUGGUGUUCUUGUUCCUAAAUCAGAGCUUUCAGCAUCUUAUCAGUGCAUUUACCCAAUAUUUCAUUUCAAUAGGAUUGUCUCAAAUGGAAGUUAAUUCUUUGGUUAUACAUUGUUUUAAUUUUUCUGUCAUUUCAGCAGUAGGAGUUCUGUUUUAUAUUCCAAUUCCAAAAUGACCAUCCUCAGUAUUACAUCAUGAAAACUAGGAAAAAAUAAAAUAUUACUUAAGCAUU